AUGCUGCUGCAGUGUAGGCAUGAAGCCUCUUCUCCUAAGCUAGAUUACUUGGUACCAAGUGGAAAAAUGAAGACUCUCCUGGUCUUUCUAAGCCUGCUUGGUUAUUCCAUUGCUAUGCCAUUGCAAAUGCAUAUGCCCCGAAUACCUGGAUUUAGCAGUAAAAGUGAGGAGAUGAUGCGCUAUGGUCACUUCAACUUUAUGAACUUCCCGCAUUUGGCACACCUGAGUCCCUUUUAUGGAAAUGGUAUACAGCUCCCUCAGCUCUUCCCACAGUACCAGAUGCCCAUGUGGCCUCAGCCACCACCCAACAAGAAACACCCACAGAAGCCUUCAUCUCCCUCAGCACCCAAACACCAAAGCAAGACAGAUCAAGCCCCUGAGACCCCGAGUCCCAACCAGCCUCAACCAAGCGAUUCCCCACCAAACCAGCAUUUAAAGCAGCCAUCACCCACGACGGCUCCGCCACAAGAGGAGGAAACCCAGACACCUCAGGCAUUCCCACCAUUCGGCAAUGGGCUAUUUCCCUAUCAACAGCCACCGUGGCAUAUUCCACAUAGGAUACCACCAGGUUUUGGACGUCCACCAGGUAGCAAUGAAGAAGGCGGGAACCCUUUCUUUGGAUAUUUUGGAUAUCAUGGAUUUGGGGGCCGUCCUCCUUAUUAUUCAGAAGAGAUGUUUGAAGAUUUUGAAAAGCCAAAAGAAGAAGAUCCUCCUAAAACAGAGACUCCAGCCACUGAUCCUUCUGUUAAUUCAACAGUUCCUGAGAUUAACUCUACCCAGCCAAAUGCACCCAGUCCCAGAGCAGGUCAAGGCGGAAAUGACACCAGCCCAGCAGGAAACAACGGUCAGGGCCCUAACACUGUGAGCAACCCUACAGUUCAAAACAACCCUGUAGUAAAUGUUACUGGCCAAGGAGUUCCAAGAAGUCAGACCCCAUGGAGACCAAGUCAGACCCCAUGGAGACCAAGUCAGACAAAUAAUCAUGAAAAUUAUCCACAUCCUAACAUCCGAAAUUUUCCUGCAGGAAGACAAUGGCAUCCUACUGGUACCUUUAUGGGGCACAGACGUAAUGGGCCUUUUUACCGAAAUCAAAUUCAAAGGGGUCCUCGGUGGAACUCUUUUGUUUUGGAAGGCAAACAAGCAAUUCGUCCAGGAUAUCCAAUAUAUCGCAGAGCUUAUGCCUCCACCGCAAGGAGCAAUUAUCCCAAUUAUGCAGGAAAUCCAGUAAAUUUCAGAAGAAAGCCUGAGGGGCCCAGUAAACAACCUGCGGGAACCAUUGCCCCUCUGGGUCCCAAACAUGGUACUACUGGCCACAGUGAAAACAUCCAAAAUCCAAAAGAGAAGCCAGUAAGUCAAAAAGAAAGAACAGUCAUUCCUACAAGGGAUCCAAAUGGCCCCAGGAGAAACUCUCAAGACUAUGGAGUUAGUAAAUCAAACUAUAAACUGCCUCACCCUGAGGGUAACAUUCUAGUCCCAAAUUUUAAUUCUAUUGAUCAACGAGAAAACUCUUAUUACCCUAGAGGAGAUUCCAGAGGAACCCCAAAUUCUAAUGGACAAACCCAAAGCCAGAAUUUACCCAAAGGGAUUAUUUUAGAACCAAGAAGAAUUCCAUAUGAAUCACAAAUUAAUCAGCCAGAAAUAAGGCAGAGUACACAUCCGCCAGUGUACCCUGAGGGAUCUCCUUCCCCUGCAAGGGAACGUUUUCCCGCUGGAAGAAAUACUUGGAACCAACAAAAAAUCUCUCCACCUUUUAAGGAAGAUCCUGGAAGGAAGGAAGAACACUUACCUCAUCCUUCCCAUGGCUCUAGAGGACGUAUUUACUACCCUGACUACAACCCCUAUGAUCGCAGGGAAAACCCACCAUACCUUAGAAGUAAUACCUGGGAUGAAAGAAAUGAUCCUCACAAUACAAUGGGACAACCUGAAAAUCCACACUAUCCCAUGAAUACUCCAGAUCCAAAAGAGACAAUCCCUUAUAAUGAAAAAGACCCAAAUGAUCCAACUGGAGAUGAACCUUUCCCAGGACAAACAAGAUGGGGUAUGGAGAAGUCAAACUUUAAGACAGCCCCAACAGCUAGGUAUGAAGGCAAGCAAUAUACCUCAAACCAGAGGAACCAAAAACCAACCAGAGGAACCUCAAACCAACCAAAGGAAUACUCUCCCUAUUCCUUAGAUAAUCUACCAAAACCCAGGGAGUAUUUUCCUUAUGGUGAAUUUUACCCCUGGAGCCCAGAUGAGAAUUUUCCAUCAUAUAAUACUGCUCCCACUAUACCACUGCUUGUGGAAAACAGGGGCUAUUAUCCUAAUAAUGCUGUUGAACAAGAAGAAAACACUAUGUUUCCUUCUUGGAAUUCCUGGGACCACAUGGUUCAAAUCCAAGGGCAGAAAGAAAGGAGGCCAUAUUUUACCAGAACCUUCUGGGGUCAGCCAACGAAUCUACCCAAAACCCCUGCUAGUCCACCCUACCACAAGGAGAGUCAGCCUUAUUUCAGUAACUCCCCAACUGGGCUUCAGAAAAAUCCAACAUGGCAUGAAGGUGAGAAUUUGAAUUAUGGCAUGCAAAUCACUAGGUUAAAUUCACCAGAGGGAGGACAUUUGGCUUUUCCAGACUUGAUUCCUCCACAUUACCCAGGAAAUCAAAAAGAAACACGUCUAUUUCACCUAAGCCAGGGAGGCCCUUGCUGUGCUGGUGGCUCCACAGGGCCCAAGGACAAUCCACUUGCUCUACAAGACUACACUCCAUCUUUUGGUCUUGCACCAGGGGAAAACCAAGACACCAGCCCUCUCUAUACAGAAGACAGUCAUACUAAGCAUGAAAGAUAUACUAUAUCUCCAACAAGCAUCCUACCUGGCCAAAGAAACAGCUCAGAAAAAAGACUUCCUGGAGAAAGUAAAGACCCAAGUCCUUUCAGAGAUGACGUGUCCACUCUGAGGAGGAACACACCAUGUUCUAUAAAUAAUCAAUUGAGCCAAAGGGGAAUUAGGCCCCUUCCUGAAGCCAGUUCCCUUCAAUCAAAGAAUAUACCUUGCCUCAAAAGUGAUCUUGGAGGAGAUAGAAACCAUGUUUUGGAACAAACAUUAGAAGGCAACCAGCUCAGUGAAAGACCUGUUGAUCUUACUCCUGAGCAGCUUAUUAUGGAUACACCUGACGAAGGUCCCAAGCCAGAAGGAAUUCCAAGUGAAGUGCAAGGAAAUGAGGGCAAAAGGCGGCAACAAAGACCAUCUACCAUCCUACAGUUACCAUGUUUUGACUCCAAAUUAACAAAGUAUUACACCUCCAGCACUGGGACUCCAUCUAGUCUUGGAAGGCAAGGCUCAUUUGAUGGGGAUCCAAUUAUGCCUACUGAAAUUCCUAACUCAUUGGCUGAGUCAGCCACUGGGGCACAGUUUCAGAAUAUAAAUCUAGACCCACUUAAUGCAGAUGAUCACACUCCAUUUGAUCCUCUUCAAAUAGGGACCAAUCCACAGGACCAGGUUCAAGACUGCUUACUACUUCAGGCCUAG